AUGUGGACAUGGUGGAGGCAGUCACCGUGCAUGGUGAACGGGAAGUGUUCAAAGCACUUUCCAAAAAAAUUUAGUGAAUUUUCAAGUUUCGAUCAAGAUGGUUAUCCAAUUUAUAGGCGUCGUGAUGAUGGCAUGACAAUUAACAAGAAUGGAAUUCACUUGGAUAAUAGAUAUGUGGUACCGCAUAAUAGGUACUUGCUUCUUAAAUACAGGGCACAGCUAAAUGUUGAGUGGUGUAAUCAAUCAAGAUCUAUCAAAUAUUUGUUCAAGUAUGUGAAUAAAGGAAAUGACCGUGUAACAGCCGAAUUUUAUAAAAGUACGAUUGACAAUUGUGGUAAUGAAGUCAUAGAUGAGAUAAAUAUGUACUAUGAUUGUCGAUACGUAUCUUCAUGUGAGGCUACAUGGCGUCUCUUUAGCUUUGAUGUGCAAUUUAGAACACCUGCAGUUGAGAGAUUAAGCUUUCAUCUUCCAGAUUGUGAAACAGUUGUUUUUGCCGAUGAUGAUGCGAUUGAAGAUGUGCUCCGUAGACAUACUGUUGGUCAAAGUAUGUUCAAUGAAUGGUUUGAAGCAAACAAAAAAUAUGCAGAAGCAAGGUUGUUAACAAACAUUGAGAUGCCCAUUCGUGGACCUAUGAGUUUUAAAGAUAUCCGUUCAUUUAAUGGGGUAGAGUAUGUCACUUUUAGAGAUGCAUGUUAUGCACGGGGGUUGUUAGAUGAUGAUAAAGAAUACAUUGAUGCCAUAAAAGAGGCCAGUCAGUGGUCAUCCGCGCAUCCCAUGAGAAAACUUUUUGUGACAUUGUUGAUGUUCAAUUCAUUGAAUAGACCAGAAAAUGUAUGGAAUGAGGUGUGGGUUUACCUAGCUGAGGACGCACAAAUCACUCUCCGUAGGGUACUUUCUCAACCAGAUCUUAUACUGACAGAUGAUGAGAAGAAAAAUUUUGGUCUUCUUGAGAUUGAAAAGUUGUUGCAAAUACACAAUAAGUCUUUAAAGGAAUUUCCUCCAAUGCCAAUUCCAGCUUUAGAUAAUUCUCGGUUAUCUGUUAACCGUUUGUUGUUUGAGGAAUUAUCUUAUAAUCGGGAAGAGCUUGCAAAUGAGGCAUAUAACUUGACCAUGAAAUUUACUGAUGAACAAAGGUCUGUUUAUGAAACAAUAAUUGGUGAUGUUGCCUCAAACGCUGGUGGUUUGUUUUUUGUCUAUGGUUACGGUGGAACUGGUAAGACUUUUUUAUGGAGAGCUUUAUCUGCGACUUUGCGGUCAAAUGGUGAUGUAGUUUUAAAUGUCGCAUCAAGCGGUAUAGCUUCUCUGCUUCUUCCAGGUGGACGAACUGCACACUCAAGGUUUGCAAUACCAAUAAAUAUUAACGAGGACUCCACGUGCAACAUAACUCCAGGUAGCGACCUUGCGGAGUUAAUUGUUAGGGCAAAACUCAUAAUAUGGGAUGAAGCACCCAUGAUGCACAAACACUGUUUUGAAGCAUUGGAUAGGACAAUGAGGGACUUAUUACGGUUUUCAAACCACACCAGUGCAUCAAAUACGUUUGGUGGUAAAACAGUUGUUCUAGGUGGAGAUUUUAGGCAAAUUUUACCAGUUGUCCCAAAAGGUACACGACAGGACAUUGUUGGUGCAUCUAUAAAUUCCUCAUACCUUUGGAACAGUUGUAGAGUUUUAAAGUUGACAAAAAAUUUAAGAUUGAGUAAUAUGGAACAUGGUAUUGAACAACAAGAAGUUGAGCAGUUUGCUAGAUGGAUUGCUUCAAUUGGCGAUGGAACUGUUGGGUGUGCUAAUGAAGAUUGUCCAGAAAUUGAUAUUCCACAAAAUUUGUUAUUGCAAUCAACGGGUGAUCCGAUUGCCACAAUUGUAGACAACACAUUUCCAAUGUUUAAGGAGGGAGAUCAUGAUACCAGCUUUAUUGAAAAUCAGGCAAUCUUGGCUCCUACACUUGAUGUUGUUAAUUCAAUUAAUGACUACAUGAGUGACAUGCAUACGGCAGAAAGCAAGACAUUCUUCAGUUACGAUUCUGUCUGCCGUACGGAAACGAGCAAUGGGAUUCUUGCAGAUGUCCACACACUGGAAUUCUUGAAUGGACUGCGCGCAUCUGGUAUUCCUAAUCACGCAUUGACGUUAAAAAUUGGAUCACCGGUGAUGUUGUUGAGAAAUAUAGAUCACUCACUCGGUUUAUGCAAUGGUACUAGAUCCAAGAUUGCCAUUCAAAUUCAUUAG